CAGAAACCCGUUGGUAAAAUUUUUUGGAGAAAGCAAUUUCACAGAGAACAGUCGAGCUGGAAGUCUACCAGACAAGGACCAUUUUAUUCAAAACCUCAUCAUCCGAGCUCUCUGAAGUUUCAUCUCUCUGUCUCUCUCAUAUCUCUAAUUACUCUAGCAAAGAUCCGGGAAAGAGAUAGCUGGGUUUUCUCUUGUCUUUUGUUGACAAAAGUCCCCUUGAGUCAUUGUACAACACCAACAUCAACCUCAGUCUGAAGGAGCUUGACCUUGAGCUGGCUUUUGAUCUGGGAUAGAAUUUCUUCUGCUACCUGUCUUUACUUAUAUCACACUAGACUCUCAUCUUUUUUUUUAAAACCCCCAACCAUCACUCUCAAAAAUGCUCUCGACCCUUCGUCCCGCAGCUGCUCGCUCGGCCCUGCGCCAACAAGCUGCGACGGCCACCCAAGUGAUCCGCAUCGCGAACGCAUCGACAUGGGCCAACGUCAAGGAAGGACCUCCCGAUGCCAUCUUGGGCAUCACCGAGGCCUUCAAGAAGGAUAGCUUCCCCGAGAAGAUCAACCUGGGUGUCGGCGCAUAUCGCGACGAUAAAGGCAAGCCCUACGUCCUCCCGAGCGUGCGCACCGCCGAGCAGAAAGUCGUCUCCUCCUCCCUCGACAAAGAAUAUGCCGGCAUCACGGGUGUGCCCUCGUUCACCAAGGCCGCGGCGCUCCUCGCCUACGGGACCAACUCGAAGCCGGUCCAGGAAGACCGCGUCGCCAUCACCCAGUCCAUCUCCGGCACCGGCGCGCUGAGGAUAGGCGGCGCGUUCCUCGAGCGCUUCUACCCGGGGGCAAAGACAAUCUACAUCCCUACGCCGUCGUGGGCGAACCACAAGGCCGUCUUCUCCGACUCCGGGCUCGAGGUCAAGCAGUACAAGUACUACAACAAGGACACCAUCGGGUUGGACUUUGACGGCAUGAUCGCCGACCUCAAGGCUUUUCCCAGCGGCUCCCUCGUCCUGCUGCACGCCUGCGCCCACAACCCCACCGGCAUCGACCCGACCCAGGAACAAUGGCAGCAGAUCGCCCAGGUCAUGAAGGAGAAGUCGCACUACCCAUUUUUCGACAUGGCCUACCAGGGCUUCGCGAGCGGCGACACCAAUAAGGACGCCUACGCCGUGCGCCUGUUCAUCGAGCAAGGCUUCGGCCUCUGUCUCUCCCAGUCCUUCGCCAAGAACAUGGGUCUGUACGGCGAGCGGGUGGGCGCCUUCAGCAUCGUGUGCGACAGCGCCGAGGAAAAGAAGCGUGUCGAUAGCCAGAUCAAGAUCCUCGUGCGUCCGCUGUAUUCUAACCCGCCCGUCCACGGAGCCAGGAUCGCCAGUGAGAUUCUGAACGACGCCGGCCUGAACAAGCAGUGGCUGGGCGAGGUCAAGGGCAUGGCCGACCGGAUCAUCGAGAUGAGGGCGCUGUUGAAGAAGAAUCUCGAGGAGCUGGGAAGCAAGCAUAACUGGGAUCACAUUACGAAUCAGAUUGGCAUGUUUGCGUACACAGGCCUCAAGCCCGAGCAGAUGGACACGCUGGCCAAGGAACACUCCGUGUACGCGACCAAGGACGGCCGUAUCUCCGUGGCGGGUAUCACCACAGACAAUGUCAAGAGGCUGGCGGAGUCGAUUUUCAAGGUGACUGGUUAAAAGAUACUAACGAACCUCUACGUGGUGGUAUGAGCCGGCAGGGGAUUUUGGUAGCAAUGGGACUUGCAAGUCUAGACAGGUUGGAUAGAUGCUCCCCCGAGGGCUGCAAGCCCAUAACAAAUGGGGUUGUGCUGCCGACGAACAGAAAGCCAUUGCCCGACGAUCUGCUGUGUGAGAGAGGGAGCGUGGUGGGCAUUGUUUUGUUUAGCGUUUAACCUGCUUCAUACCGGCACCAUGUACCAAAACGAUGGCGGGAACAGGUCAGCAUCAUCCGGAGAUAGAACGGGGAGGGGAUCGUCUACAUAGAUUGAGCAAAGCACAAAAUAUGAAAGGGUUAGACUUGGUGACAGAUCGGCGUCGUCGUCUCUCUUUCGUUCCGGCUCGGUCUAGAUGAUAUUACUGGAACUCGUUGAUGCAAG